AUGGCUGCUUCCGGGUCUCCGCAAUACGCGCGCCACAUGGCGGGACCUCGAGGAAUAGCCCCGCGAUCGCUAGAAGCAAACAAUACUCACACUUCGUAUAGGCCGCCAUUUCAUGAAAAUGUUGGAUCUCCAGUUCCGAUUCGUGAAGACCGCGUUGCCUCCUCAAUAUAUUCAACUCAAGACUAUACACGGGAAAGUCGCCUUACUUAUUCGAGUGUGCGUCUUGGUCCCUAUUCGCAGUACCGCGAUAGCCAGUAUACGGAUGCAUCGCCGCCUAUAUCUCCUGUACCCGUUCAAUAUCGUUCUGCUGCAGGCGCCGACAGCCCUGAUAUAUCCCCUAUUGACGAGACAUUCUCGCCCGCUGUCCCCCUGCCAAAAAAAGACGACAAGCAUACCAGUUCAUUCCAAGGCAUCCACCCCGAAUCCCAAGCCGCUUUUGUAGAAGCAACUGGCAGUAAGACUGCUAUUCACAAACCAGACCCAAUUCGGGAAACAAGGUGGGACGAAUUUUCUGGCGAACCAACUAAUAGUGAGCGUGGAAAAUUCGCCCAAGCUUCUCCCGGGGACCUCCUGAAUAUCAAGUCUGCGCAGAAGCAUCCAUUUGCCUUCUUUACUCGAGGUAAAGAUGGAAAAGAAGGGCGUAAACAAACGCCAAGAAUAGACGUGGAAGCUUCACCGUUACCCAUGCGGGUUCCUUGGAAAGGCGCAAGUGGCAGGUCCACCAUUCUGAACCCAAUCUCAUCAAGAAAACCUUCAGCCGAAAAACCAUUCAUACCACCACCGCGAAAGGAUAGCCGUAACCCUUUCGUGCAAACUUCAUCUGCCACAAAUAGGACCCACCCAACAACCCCGUCUGCGAAGCCAGAAAAUGCCCAUUUUCAGAUCGACUCGUUCGAUUUUGAAACGUUAAAAAAGGCAAACAAGACACAUACUCAAAAAGAUUUGCCACCGUUAAACAAGGAAUUACCGAGCCAGCCUUACGCUUCGCGUAGUGAGGCUCGUAUUCAAGAUGUCCAGCAAGAACCAGACUACUCCAAUGCCAGAAUCCUACAUUUUGACGAGGAAACGAGGAGCCAGCGCAGUUUCCCGGGAUCAAUGACUGCCGGAGCAGGCAGUCCGCCACGGAUUCCACGACGCAGUGAUGAGACUAUACAGCCAGAACCUUCAUCUUAUAUGACCGCGAAGUCGACCAAAGUGACAGCUCUUAAACCUACACCAUCCCAACAAUCAGCAUCUACUUCAAAGUCAUUGCCACGAAGCCCUCCUGAGAUGGAGGCAAAUAGCCGUAUUGAGUUAAUGGAGGCCAAGCUUCGUGAUCUCUCUCGAAGACGGGUGAAUAUUGACACAAUUAUUAGCGAAUUGAACCAAGUUAUACAGCCAAGUUCAAUUACGUACGAUAUGGCAACUAGAGCUGAGGUUACACGAUCUGUUAAGAGCCUAAACGCCGAACUUGAUGAUAUCAAGAAAGAAGAGCACGAUGUUGGAUUGAAACUUCAUCGGGCAUAUAAGAAGAAGGACGAGGGUGAUUACUACUGCGAACCCUCUGGGCUGUGGAUCAGGAGGGUCACCGGCUGA